GAUCAUCGUGCGCAAGCUCUCUUUUCCAUGUGUUCUGGAUUCUUGCUCAAUCACUCCAGAGGAACUGUAGAGAUUGAAAAAUUUCUCGGUCCCACUUUGUUCAUCCCAGUCUGCUCCCCCUUUGUAUGAACUUAACGCUAAGGAAUGUGGAUGAGAUGUUGGGCUGCUUGUUAUCAUCCGUGGAGUAUUUUUUCACCAACAGCUGUGGCGUUAUGCAUCGUAAAUUGGUUCAUCGUAAAUUGGUUUGGGGUUAACAGAGCAGCAUUUGGGGAAUUGCCAAGUGUCAAAAGCUGAACACAAUCUGUGUCCGUGGUUGACCUCCAAUUUGUUCACCUUAAAAAAAAAAUUAAAAAUAAAGUAAACCACCGCCCUAAACCCUUGAUUAAGAGUGCAGGUGAUUGUUCAGUAACAAUAUCACGUUCAUAACGCAAAAGUGAACCAGUUAACAUCUCUAUCAUUUUGGUGAAAGUCAGGCCCAGUGCACACCUCACAACCGGUAGAACCAGUGGAACAUUAAUGCGCUCAAAAAUAUGGUAAGGACUUCAUAAUUAAAGCAAAAUAGCAGCUUCCAAGAUAACGGCUAGCAUUAGCAGCUAACGUUAGCCACCAAUUUGUUCGUCUUUGUUGGAUAUCUUCCGUUUCACUCAGUUACUGUCAACACCCGGCUAAAUGUCACAUCUUUUCGGCUGGCAUGGGACAGAAAUACUCCGGAAUUUUGGACGGGGCAUUGUGACACGCAGAAGUCUUACUGCUUUGAACUUGAGUCCACUCACUUCAUGCAAACUUGCAUCAUAUAACAGAGCAUAGUCCAUGCUUUUUGUCAACUGUCAAGGCCUAUGUUCCUGAAAACUUUGCGGUGCGUUUCCUAAUUUUAAGCUUGCACUGCAUGGAUAAGGAUUGUUCGUGUUCAGGAUGAGUAACUUCCGUUUUGCUUGUCUAUGAAUAAGCGACGCCAAAACCCUUGCCGUACUUGUCAUGAGUUAUGAAUCUUGGGUCAACCGGGGAUUUGGGUCGACGCCUGCGAAUGGUGUUAUGUAACACGUGUCAACAACACAUCCAGCAAUAAAAUGGAUGAUCCCUAUAGACUUUUUACUUUUUGGACACUGUUCAGAAAUGGUGGAUUUGGGAAGUGUUAUAUAACACAGGAUACUGCUCGACUUAAGUUGUCCAGGAUGCCCGUAGUGUAGAUCUGAUUGCAAGCGUGGCCGCUAAAAGCCUUCCCACAGCAAUGUGCCUCUCUGCCAGUGGAUCGAGCUGUAUAUAAAUGUGUGUGCCGGUUCUCCCCUGUGACCCCUAAAUCGAGGUCAACCGUCUCCACCUCGCUCGACUUCCCUUCCUCGUAGUCGGACCGAUGGGGCUGGACACACUUUUGAGAUUCGGAAAGCAGUUGCUGAGGGUCAAGGUGGUGGACUGUAACGUGGAGGAUUCCCGUCUGUCGCGAUGCCUCAACACUUUAGACCUGGUGGCGCUGGGAGUGGGGAGCACGCUGGGUGCCGGCGUUUACGUGCUCGCCGGCGCCGUUGCGCGGGAGAACUCAGGUCCCGCCAUAGUGCUGUCAUUCCUGAUCGCGGCUUUAGCAUCAGUCCUAGCUGGCUUGUGCUACGCCGAAUUUGGAGCUCGUGUUCCCAAGACGGGCUCGGCUUAUUUGUACUCUUAUGUGACUGUUGGUGAACUCUGGGCCUUCAUAACCGGAUGGAACCUCAUACUCGCCUAUAUCAUCGGUACUGCUAGCGUGGCUAGAGCUUGGAGCGCGACCUUUGAUGAGUUGAUAGGGAAGCGGAUCGAGGAGUUCUGCAGAGGGUACAUGCAAAUGAAUGCACCGGGAAUACUGGCGGAAUACCCGGACUUGUUUGCGGUUGUCAUUAUAAUCAUCCUCACAGGUCUGCUGGCGUUUGGAGUAAAAGAAUCCGCAAUGGUCAACAAGGUGUUUACUUGUAUCAACAUGCUAGUCCUGUGUUUCAUGGUGAUCUCUGGCCUGGUUAAAGGUACUUUGAAGAACUGGUACCUCGACCCUGAUGAAAUCCUGCAUGCCAGCAAUAGCAGUAACUCCACUCUCAAUUUUACAGAUGUUUUACCAACUAGAGAGGAGUUAGGAGUUGGUGGCUUCAUGCCAUUUGGUUUCACAGGCGUCCUGUCUGGAGCCGCGACCUGUUUUUAUGCAUUUGUUGGAUUCGACUGCAUAGCAACCACAGGAGAAGAAGCAAAGAACCCGCAACGAGCCAUUCCGAUCGGCAUUGUGUCGUCGCUGCUCAUCUGCUUUGUGGCCUACUUCUGCGUUUCUGGCGCCCUGACGCUCAUGAUGCCGUACUACCUGCUCGACAGUAACAGCCCCCUGCCCGUCGCCUUUAAGUACGUGGGCUGGGACGGAGCCAAAUAUGCGGUGGCUGUCGGCUCCCUUUGUGCGCUGUCCACAAGCCUGCUGGGCUCUAUGUUUCCAAUGCCCCGUGUCAUCUGGGCUAUGGCUGACGACGGGCUGCUUUUCAAGUUCAUGGCCAAGAUCAGCCCGCGCAGCAAAACCCCGCUAACUGCAACCCUCACCUCUGGCAUAGUGGCAGCUAUCAUGGCCUUUCUAUUUGACCUGAAGGAUCUGGUGGAUCUGAUGUCCAUCGGAACGCUGCUGGCCUAUACAUUAGUGGCUGCUUGUGUCUUGGUACUAAGGUACCAGCCGGAGCAGCCCAGUGUGAUGUAUCAGAUGGCCAAUAUGCAGGAGGAGAUGGAGCAGAGCGACGGCAGUAUGGGCAUGCUACCCGGUGUGGAGGAGAGGUUCCGCUUAAAGACGCUCUUCUUCCCCGACAACCCCGAUCCGACCUCCCUUUCGGGCUUCACGGUCAACAUCUGUGCCUCGAUUAUGGGCCUACUGAUCCUGGUAUUCAGCGCACUGGCAGUCCAGGGAGGCUCAGCUUCGUGGAACAUUGUAAUCCUCAGUAUUAUCUUCAUCGCGUGCCUCCUCCUUACUUGUAUUGUCGGGAGACAGCCGCAGAGCAAAACCAGCCUUUCUUUCAAGGUUCCGCUGCUGCCUAUUCUUCCGGUGAUCAGCAUGUUUGUUAAUGUCUACCUGAUGAUGCAGCUGGAUAGGGGCACUUGGAUACGGUUCUCAAUCUGGAUGGCUUUAGGUUUUCUGAUCUACUUCUGCUACGGCAUCCACCACAGCGCAGAGGCGGCAGGCGCCCGCUCAUCCCCCGGCACGGAGAUGAACGGCUUCAAGCGCGAUCGCGAUUCGGUCUCCACGACCCCCGAAAAGGAGGCCUUCCUGAACGAGGGCAUCGAGGUCAGGGAAGAGGAUGACGGAGACUUGUAAGGGAGCGUUGUUGGGCAUACACGACGACCUGGCCUGGCAAACGGUCUCGCGGUGUCAUUUGGACAGGAUAUCUCCCAGUCCUUCGAGUAACCGUUAGAGUAGCGUUCACUCAAAUGAAUGUUAAAACUUUCACAUUCAAACACAGGACUUGUGAAGCUGCACAUUUCGCUGAUGAAAAAGAAUUCAGCUGUCUUACAUAGCUUGCUGCUGCUGCCAUGGAACCGUUCUCAAAUCCUGGGUGACCAUCAUAUUUUGUUCAUCCGAGUCAGAUUAUGUCUUCAAACAUGUCAUCGCCAAAUUUUUUUAUUCCCUAGCAAUGAAAACAAUGUUACUUUUGCGUAGACAGUGUUGGACGAGUUACUUCCAAAAAAAAAAAAAAACGCUUUUAGAAAAUAAUUUUGUGAUGUUUUGGCCUCUGAAUUGUUCGACAUUACACUCGCUCUACAUUUGGAGUUAUUUUCAGCAAGACAACGACAGAAUGUAAAUUAAACUUGAAUAUAUUCAUGAUAUUAAUGCAAUUUUGAUAGGCCUACUUUCCAUUUAAUAUUGAAACAACUACUUUUGCUUUACAACUUUUUUUUCACAAUUUUGUUACAUCUGUUCCGCAACGAAAUCCCAGAUGAUUUUAAAAUGCCAACGCCACACUUUCUUUAGAUCGGGAAAGUGGAUAUGUCCAAGGACCAUCUUGUCACCCCAGUGCAUUGUAACAUGCCUUACCGUGAUUGUAAGAGGCAUCAUAUUUCUGAACGCACGACAGUAAAAAGCGAACCUUACUCACGGGAAUGUAUUUCUUGGCGUGCUGCAGUACGUUCUAGCAUCGCAGACACUUAUGCAAGUGUUGUUGUAAUGUUCUCCCUCUUCUGGCAGGACACUCUUAACACAAAUAGCUCAUCUCUGAUCGUAUUGAUGUCCUUCAGUGGCGGAGCAAACGGCCGCACCUGUUAGGGCAAGCAGCGCAGCGGAGGAUGCGGGUCAUACAAAAAGAUCCGGCGUCACAAAAUAAGGUCAUGUAGUUCGGAUAGAAUUGAUAAAUCGAUGACGAGUGUUGAGCAUUGCGUUUUCACAGUGCUGGCUGCUGUGUCCUUUUAGCACCAAUACCUUAUGACAUUGCUUAUUUGCAAAACAGAACGUUGAAACAGCGCGUCGUUUGGAUUUUAUUUUUCUUAUGGGGGUUUUUUUUCCUUUCUUUACCUCGUUCUAGAUUGUACCCGGUUUGGUAUGAUUCUAUCCAUGUCCCCAGCAUCGCGGCCUUUUUUUUUUCUGCCAGUUACGAAAGAUUUGGAUACAAACCAACAUUUCGUUCUCAAGUUUGAAUGAAUGAAUUGUGGUAACAUUUACAGUCGCCACAACUAUUUCUAGCUUGCGGUUCAGGUCUUGUUUUUAAGAUCAGUUAUUUACAGUUUGGGCUGCGCAGUCACCUGUGCAACAAAGUCAUUUGACUAUUUACAGAGUAUAAUUAAAGAACAUGUAUAUAAUUCUUUUUUUGUUUGUUUAUAUUACUGCAAGUAAAUUAUUUGUAAAUGCGGGAGUGGUGUGUGUUAUUUUGUAUAUCCGGUGUAUAAAUUGUCGGCAGAUGAUUUGGUUACAGUGGGUUUAGUAUUUUACAGCUACAGGUGUUUUUUUUUUGUACACCAUAGCUUGUGUCCUCGCGAUUAUUCAAAAGCCCCGAAUUCACUUGUCAUAAGAAUUACUGUACAUAUUAGCAAAGGACCGUUGUUGGGAGUCGAAAGGGUGUGUGUGUGUGUGUGUGUGUGUGUGUGUGUGUGUGUGUCGCUAAGGCCUUAAAUUCUGUUCCUCAUCUAAUCUUUACAAGGAGAUGCAAAAUAAAAAAGUAAAAAAUUAAACAGGCUGUACAGUCAUAAUAAACUCCUUGAACUGUGCAUGUUUGCUGGUUAUUUGUCAGAAAGAAUAAAAUAAUAUUUCCAUUCUUUGAA